UUCCUACUGUUUCUUCAACAGCAGAUUAUCUUGGAAGCUCCCACCUCCUGUGGUUCCUGUAUUUCUUAGCUCUGCUGAGAUAGCCAGCUUCUUGCUUCUUGAAGGCUAAGCCUUUCUUGUAGCUUGAACAGCCGGCUGGACCGAAGCCGCCUGCGGCUGCGUGCUCCUACACACGCCGUAGCGCUUUGUCCAACCCUCGCAGUUACCUCUGCAGAUUAAUAGCUAUGUGGAGGCAAGCUGGAGCUCGCCUGUCGCUGGUCGCGCGCCAAUCGCUCCAGCGCAGCCGCUCCGCCGCACUCCCCGCAUGGAAUAGCCUCAUUGCGGAGAGUGCGCCGGCUGCUGCUGGCCGGAGCGUCACAGACAGGCUCGUUCACAGCGGCUGGCUUUCCCAGACCCCCUUCGCCCUCCGCGCUGCCUCUCCCGCAGUGGCUACUAAGGAUGUAUCGGAUGAGCUGGAGCAUGCUACCGGACUCGAGAGGGAGGAGCUGGCUGCUGAGCUGGAGGGGAAGGAGCGCUUUGAGCUGGAGCCUCCUCGUGGACCCUUCGGAACAGAGGAUGCUCCCGCCAUUGUGGAGGCUCAGUUCGACGAGCGUCUCGUAGGCUGCUCUGGUGGCGUCGGCGAGGAGGAGCACGAUGUAGUUUGGUUCAAGCUCUCCAAGGACUCCAACCACUCCUGCAGCGUCUGCAGCCAAGUCUUCAAGCUCAAGGUGGUUGGCCCCGGAGGUAUCCCAGGCCACCACCACUGAUUGGCUCGCUGGAAAUUCAACGGAUGGGAAAUUCCUCGGGAACAUUCUGCGUGGAAGACGGAUCAUUGUUGAGACGACAAUUGGUUCGGGAAUGUGACUUUCAGCAGCAAAGGCUGUGGUCCAUUGAUAAGGUCUCGGAAGAACUUACAUAGGGCUGUUUUGUGCUCAGGAUAUAGGAACAUGAUACCCAACAUCUGUCCGCUGCCCAUUCUUCCACCCACCGCCCAUUUCAUCCAAAUCCAUCUCCACCACCCCCAUCGAUCCCACCGCUCCAGUCGUAUGUAUCUCCAUUUCUGAUUUUCUACUACUAGGACCCGCUUGUCUAUAGAAUGUGUUUAAACUUGUUCCAAGUUCAACAACCAUCGCUGCCUGGUUUGAGCUUUU